AUGGCCCAGAUGCGUGGCAGGGUCGGCGAGCCGGCGUUCUACGGCGGCAGGCAGCUGGCCGGCUACGGCGAGCGGAAGGGGGCGCCAGAGGUCGACGCGCUCGCCGAGAGGCUCAAUGCGAUCGACGUCGACGGCGAGCCCGUGGCGGACAUGGCGGUGGACGACGACGUGGAGGUCGCCCGGAGCCGGAAGAUCAAGGUAAAGAUGCUCACGGGCAGGGAGAUCGACGUGGACGUGGAGCCCACGGACCCCGUGGGCAGGAUCAAGGAGCGCGUCGAGGAGCAGGAGGGCAUCCCGCCCGAGCAGCAGCGGCUCAUCUUCGGCGGCAAGCAGCUCGCCGACGGCAAGACCGUGCGGGAGAGCAACGUCACGGCCGGUUCCAUCAUCCACCUCGUCCUCGCGGUAAGAGGCGGUCGUUGUAAUAGUAAGUAACUUUUGCAACAGUUAAGGUUGCUGAUGUUUAAAACUGAGAGAAACCAGGACUAUGGUAGCUGUUGGAUCUUGCAUCCAAUUAA